AUGGCUAUAUUCGAGGCCAAGAGCGAUGUCUCUUCGAACGCCGGGGAGAAGAAGGCGGCCAGCGACGUCGAGCAAGGAUUCAUGGGCAAUGACGGCGGCGUCCACGAGGCCGACUUCGCAACCGGCACCAGCACCUACGCAAAGCUUCAGAGGUUGGCAGGCAAGUUUGGUGUAGAGCAAAGAGGCAUUGAACGGGUCCCUGAAGAUGAACGAAUCAACGAUACCAUCGCCAACGUCGGAACGUUGUGGAGUUCGGCCAACAUGGUUGUAUCGUCCUUUGCCAUCGGCGUCCUGGCGAUUCCCGUAUUCAGCCUCGGCUUCGUCGACACGGCUUUGACCAUCAUCUUUAUCAACUUUAUGGGUAUCAUGCCCGUAUGCUUCUUUUCGACCUUCGGCCCCCAAUUUGGACUGCGACAGAUGGUUCUCUCCCGGUACUGGUUUGGGUUCUACGCAGUCAAGCUGAUUGCCAUCUUCAAUAUUCUGGCAUGCCUGGGCUGGUCAGCCGUCAAUACCAUCGUCGGCGCUCAGUUGUUCCACGCCGUCAACAACGAUAUGCCUGGAUGGGCCGGUAUCCUCGUCAUCGCUAUUUCAACGCUCAUCAUCUGCACGUUCGGCUACCGUUUAGUCCACAUCUACGAGCGAUUCUCCUGGAUACCUUGCGCCAUCAUCUUCCUCAUCGUCCUCGGGGUUUUCGCCCACUCAGGAAAGUUUAACAACAUGCUGCCUCUGAGUACAGGGCCUUCCGAAGCAGGCUCCAUCCUUUCGUUCGCUGCAAGCGUCUUCGGCUUCGCAACUGGUUGGACUUCUUAUGCCUCCGACUACACAUGCUACUACCCUGCGUCCACAUCCCGCAUGAAGGUUUUCCUUGUCACCUUCUGUGGGCUCUUCUUCACCCUCUGCUUCACCGAGCUUCUGGGCGCCGCUGUCAUGACUGCGAGCGUCUCCGACCCGACCUACUCCGACGCCUAUGCCAACUCCGGAAUCGGCGGCCUGCUCUCUGCCGUGCUCGUACCGCGCCUUGGUGGCUUCGGCCAGUUCUGCCUCGUCAUCCUCGCCCUGUCCAUCAUCGCUAACAACUGCCCCAACAUCUACUCCGUCUCCCUCUCGCUGCAGGUACUUUCCAAGCAGACGGAGCGGGUGCCGCGCUUCGUGUGGGUCUUCGUCGGCACUGGCGUCUACGUCGCCAUCAGCAUUCCGGGCUACAGUCAAUUCGAAGCCUGGCUUGAGAAUUUCAUGCUCAUCAUCGCCUACUGGCUCGCCAUUUACGAGGGCAUCAGCCUCACUGAACACUUAGUCUUCCGCCGCGGCAUUACCGGGUACGACAUCGAGGACUACGAGACACCAUCUCGUCUGCCGCCGGGUUUCGCGGCUGUGGUGGCUUUCUUGAUGGGCGUCAUGGGCGCCAUUCUCGGUAUGUCGCAGACGUGGUUCACCGGCCCUAUUGGCAAGCUUGCCGGUGGCAGUUUUGGUGGCGACAUUGGCUUUGAGCUCGCUUUCGCCUUUGCGUCGGUUUCAUAUAUGGGACUGCGUACACUUGAAAAGAGCUAUUUCAAGCGAUAG